AAUGUAUCUUUGCUUUGAUGAAUUUGACAAAAUAAUAGAAUAUUUAAUCCUGUACUUCGAAUCAUUCUAAUAACUAUUCUAAGAUAAGUCGUACGCAGAGUUCGUGAUGUAUUUAUUAUUAAGAGAAAGAUGUGAUCAUUUCUACUGUAGGCGAUUUAUGUUGUUCCUCCAACUUGAAUCUCGUCCGAUUGCAAGGCGCAAGUAUAAUUUGUCAAUCCUUGUACUAAAAUUUUACUAAGAUAACAUUUAUUCGUUCGCAUUGUGCGAUAUGAUAUCACAGAAAUUUACAUGGGGAUAUUAUGUAUCAGACCGUGCGACGUUCGUAUGGUUUAUAGAAAAUACCGCAAAAGUACCGCCGAUUCGUUCGUAUACUUACUUACGAUGGUCAGAAAUCUGUAUAAACAGCAUUUUUUCACAAAAACUAAAACCUCAAGAUGGAUGCUACGUGGUAACUCGAAAUGUCGAUGUGUAAAUGUGUAUACAUACGUGCCACACGCAUACGUAGCUAUAGAUAUGUAAUAUAUAUGUAUACCACGUAUGUAACUUUUGGUAAUUCUCGAAAAAUUGCCAACGGGCAUAAACGUUCUAUUAAUAUUUAGCUCGCAUGAAUAACGAGUACCAUUGAACGCGUUGAUAUCAUUUUUAAAAAAUGAUAAAUAUGGGCCUCGGAAUUGUAACAAGGGUUAUCUGCCGACGUGUCUGUAGUAGAAUGAUUUAAAUAGAAUUUAUAAUAAACCAUUACAUGUAUUUUAAGUAAGAAACGAUGUCAUGGAUAAGAGAUAGUACCCUAAAUUGCUUCCAACUUUUGGCAGUGAAGAUCUUGAGAACUGGUCACAUUCCUAAACAUGUAGCAUUCAUAAUGGAUGGUAACAGGAGAUAUGCGAGUAAAAAUGGGAUGGAGAAAAUAGGAGGACAUACAAAAGGGUUUGAUAAGUUUGCGGAAACUUUACAAUGGUGUAGAGAUCUUGGUAUCCAAGAAGUUACAUUUUAUGCAUUUAGCAUUGAGAAUUUUAAAAGGAAACAGGAGGAAGUCGAUGGACUUUUAAAUCUUGCCGAGGAGAAAUUUGAAAAGUUGUUAAGUGAAAAGGAUAAGUUGAAAGAGCAUGGAUUAUGUGUUCGUAUAAUAGGAAACUUUUCAUUAUUACCUAAAAGCAUACAACAGUUGAUGGCAGAAACAAUGCUUUUUACAAAAGAGCACGAUAAAGGAUUCCUUAAUAUUGCAUUUGCUUACACUUCAAGGGACGAAAUUACCCAUGCCAUUAAGAACGUAAUCGAAGGUGUACGAAGUGGCGAUAUUCUUUCCGAAGAUAUAGACGAAAAUCUAAUUUCCAAUUGCCUGCACACCAGCCGUUCGCCGAAUCCUGAUUUAUUAAUUCGCACUUCCGGCGAAGUUAGGAUCAGCGAUUUUCUCAUGUGGCAAAUAUCCGGCGCUUGCAUUUAUUUUACGAGUGUACUCUGGCCGGAAUUUAAUCUGUGGGAUUUCCUGAACGCGAUAUUUUAUUACCAAAGAUGUUACUCGGAUAUGCAAAAGGUGACGAAAAUCCAGAACACGAAACCAACGAUACAAAACAAUAGACAAUCGACGUACAUAGAUAAAUUGCAUCAAGAGAAACACAUUGCGCUUGAGAGAAUGUAUAUUGAUAAGUAUUUAUCGAGUACUUAAAUCUGGCGAAGUUUGGUCAUAUCAUUCCUUUUCGAACUAUUAAAAUAUACAUGGGACGUGGGGAGGGGGUUGGGAGGUGCGACGUUAUUUUAUUUUAUUCUUGUAGAAAGGAAUUUCCUCUAAAAAUACAUACGUCUUGUGUAUAAAAUGUUGAAACAUUGUUUAUUCCGGAGUUUACAAAUGUCUGUCGUAUUUACAUAUAUAUUUAUAAAGCCUAUUAAUACGUU